AUGCCACCAAUUUUCGCACCACUUCCACCGAACAACACCAUGUCUGGCCCAUCCCAGUACAGUUUCAACGAUAAUGAAGACCCCAACGAUGCAGGUGCCUUACGCAAAGCGCUUUCCGGAAUGGAGAUUGGCCAACCUAGCACUUCCGGUGGGCAAUUCUAUACUGCAGGCAACGAGAACAAGCAGUACGAACAAUUCAACCUCCACACUCCCCCAGAUAUCACCAGUAAAACUCGAAUUAUUGCUGUUCUCGGAAUUCAUCAAAACGCAACCCCUCAGAAAGAUGGCUGGUUCGUGAGCGAUUUCUUUGCCUUCUGGAACAUCUUUCAGGGUAUCACGGAAAAUCAAAAAUGGUACCAUUGUCUGGAUCUGGAUGACCUGGUGACGAAGCAUGAGCGAUACUUGCACGGCAACCCCUAUGGGCAGAGGAAGGUCGUGCUAGAUUCUGGGAUUCUAGCACAAUCCAAAUUGUCUCGACACCCUCUUCAGCGCAUCAGGCCUGAUCAUCUCAAACCUAAAACCAAGCAGUUGAUCGGGGAUGAAUGCAAGGCUGCCGAGACUGCCCACGAGAAUGUUCUGAUACUAUUGUUCGGACAUGGAGACGUUAAUAAUUAUGGCAUCGAAUUAGGCACAGGUGACCGAGCUACCCUCCAGAUUGAUGAGUUCAGAAGUGCUAUAAAGGCUAUUAAGGUCAGUAUCACCAUGAUCGCAACUUCUUGCUACUCAGGAGGUUGGACUUGUAAUCCUCAGCUCAAUCUUUCCACGAUGGCCGCUGCCGGGUCCGAAAGAGUGAGCCUAUCGUGGCGAUUCUCAGGUUCAACAGGCCGUGCAUGCGGGUCCAUGUUCACCACAGCCCUAGUCCAGAAAUUGACAAGAGUAGGCGCUACUAAUAAGCCUCUCAUCGACGAAGAUGAAGAUUGCGAACUUACUGAGGAUCAAGAGGAGACCUAUGCGGAAUUUACGAGAACUGUUCAUGAGCACCUACUCAAGGAUCUUGAUCGUAGAGGUUAUGAACACGAACUCGCUUUCGGAGCGCAGGAUGAUGCGUGGACCAUGUGCUGGAGAGAGAGGACUGGGAUACCCUUGGGCCAAUUCAAGGAGCGCUGGGAGAACCUGGAAGACUGGGCAAAGGAUGCGACAUUGCAUCCAGGAGAUCCUCUGAACCGGGAUCCUGCGGUGACUGACGAACAACUUGCUGAAUACUUGCAAUUGAGGGCCGAGGCAAGAGGCAAAGCAGGUCGCCUUGGCGUCUGGCUCAGGGGCAUCCGAGGGCACGGGUAG